AAUCCUCCAAGCGUCAAGAGUUGUUUCCCCCUGCUGGUCGGAACUGAGUAAGGCAACGCAAGGAGAGAAAUUUUCUAGGGGCGUGUCAGCUAGUGGAUGACGUAAGAGCGGGCGUCCGGAGAAAGGAGGUUCUGAUGCGUCAGUGGCGCGCGCCGUGGGAAAGCUGGCAAGCCGCAUGGCUGCAGGUAGUUCAGAGGCUCCGCGGCCGAAGGCGGCCUCUGAGGGGCCGGGGGUGGGACCGGCCGGCGCCCUGCCUUGCCUCGAGCUGCCGACCUACGCUGCCGCUUGCGCCCUGGUGAACAGCCGCUACUCCUGCCUGGUGGCGGGGCCGCACCGAAGGCACAUCGCGCUGUCGCCGCGCUACCUUCACAGGAAACGCACGGGUAUCCGAGAACAGCUCGACGCCGAGCUCCUGCGCUAUUCUGAGAGCCUUUUAGGUGUCCCCAUUGCAUAUGAUAAUAUCAAAGUAGUAGGCGAACUGGGAGAUAUUUAUGAUGAUCAAGGACACAUUCAUCUUAACAUUGAAGCGGAUUUUGUUAUUUUCUGCCCUGAACCAGGACAAAAGCUUAUGGGUACAGUUAAUAAAGUGUCUUCCAGCCACAUUGGCUGUUUAGUACAUGGGUGUUUCAAUGCCUCCAUCCCUAAACCUGAGCAGAUGCCAGCUGAGCAGUGGCAGACCCUGGAGAUAAACAUGGGUGAUGAACUAGAAUUUGAAGUAUUUCGUUUAGACUCAGAUGCUGCUGGAGUUUUCUGCAUUCGGGGAAAACUAAAUGUUACUAGUGUACAAACCAAGUGUUCUGUAGCUGCUGAAGAAGUAACGGAAACUGGUACCGAAGAAGCUGUUGGAAAACCUCCAAAGAAGAAAAAGAAGAAGAAAGCCCCAGAGCCAUGUGAAGCGGAAGGUGGUAGCACAGGUCUAGCCGGUGUUUCAGAUGUCACCGUGAAGGAAGAAUCAGAUCUGCAGAGUAAUGAUCAUGUGAACGGCCUCUGGGGGGAGGAGGAGCCGAGGAAGAAGAGGAAGAAGAAGAAGAAGCAGGACGAGCAGGAUCCUGUUUUCCAUGGCAGUGACUCCAGUGGCUACCAGAGUGACCAUAAAAAGAAAAGAAGGCACAGUGAGGAGGCUGAACUUACCCCCCUGGUGGAACACUCCCAUAAAAGAAAAGGGAAAAGUAAUUUUCUUCAGUGCAUUUUAAAUAUGGUUCCAUUUUUAAAAGAUUGAUUUACAUACAACAGAUGAAUAAAUGUUUGAAUGCUAUGAAAAGCUUAUACUUUUUAGUAGUUUGCAAAACAGGAAACAUUGAUAGGGAGUUGAGUCUUUGGUGCUAAAAUUAUAAAACUGGUAAUCUGGGAAAUACCAAUAUUAUUAAAGUGCAAUUUUAUUGUAUACAGAAUAAAGUAGGAGCUGAUUUCACUCUCAACUCUAAUAGUCUUCCAACUUUUACAUUGUAAAUAAAAUUAUUUCUACAGUGUCAAGACUAACAAAAGGACUUAUAGUGUUACUUUUAUCAUUAAAAAAGGAGUUUGAGCUAGGGUUUUUUUUUUUAAUAAAUAGCUUUCACCUUUAGUCAUAAUAUUACAUGCCAUUUGAAACUGCUUUUUUUAAAAUUCAAGGCAUUUGCCUGCUUUAGAUAUUCCUUUAUCAUGGGUACUACAGUAUUGCUGUGGUUUACCUUAGAAAAAGGAGCUUCUGAAGUUGCCAAAGAUCAUCACAACUGUGUCGCUACUGACCGGGUGGCAGGAAACCAUCCUCACUGUUCUCCUGGGUGAGUUGGUGGAGAGGGCAUUCGCAUGUCCAUAUCUGUUCAUUUGUGCCUCAACCGUUAUGCUUUUGUUGUGUUGGAGGAGUCGUUUGAUGAAGACAGGGUAAAUACGAGUUUGACUAGUGGGGAAUUCUUCAAUUGCUUUUUAAUAAUUGGAUUAGGUCACUAGAAAUUACUCUGAAAACAGCUGUUCACUGCUGUCACUGAGAAAAUGUGCACUAUGUCUUAACUAAUGGAAAGCACUGAUAACAGAAAUGACAAGCUGGUUUAGGCUGCUAGUCAAGGCAUGGUCAUAUUUAUUCAUUUAACAUGUAUUUGACCAUCUGCUACAUGUAAUAUAAUACAUUCUACUAAGGUCCAGGGACAUAGUAGCAAACAAAGUAGAUGUACUUACUUCCCUCAUGGAGUCUCAUAGGAGAAACAGAUGCAUACAAAUACAAUGUAAGUAAGAACAUACAGAAAAUUAGUCAUUGUGAUAUAUCCUACAAAGAAGAAGAAAAUUGUCCACUCACUGUUAGUUGUGUUACUGUCUGUAAAACAUGUGAAUGACUGAACUCCACAUGACAGUGAUUUAUCCAGUAUCAGACAUACUACUGGUCUCACAUUGCUCAAUUUUUUAAAAUUACAGAUCUGCUAGUAAUGUAUUUUGAUCCAAAUCUAUAAAACUACAAUCUAGACUUUGUAGAGUGACAGACAUUCACAAUGUUUAUCUACAAGUAGGUUGCCAGAUGGUGGAAAGAUGCAGGCCAAUGUCUUGCCAUAUAGCUUCGUUUGAUGUUGGGUUUUGAGCCCUUGAAAUGUGGCUAGUCAAAAUUGAGAUGUGCUGUCAGUAUAAAAUACACAACAGAUUUUGAAAAUGUGCCAAGAAUGUAAAAUAAUUCAAUUUUGUAUAUUGGCAUAAUUAUUUUUUGGAAUUAUGGGUUAAAUAAAAUGUUAAAAUGUAGGGUUUUUUCAAUUUGUUUUUUACUAAAAGAUUAAAAACUUCAAUAAGGUUCACAUUUUUCUUUUGGACAGCACUGAUUUAAAGGAAGGAUGAGUCAAAAAAGGUAUAAAGCAAGCUAGAUUAUAUUCUUAGGGAUUAAGUUAGUGGUAGUCCCAGGAAAUGUUUCAUAAAUGCUUCCUUAAACAUUUUAAGUUUGAAUACAUAAUUGUGAUUAUGUCUGACUUUUAUAUAUAGGAAAUCAGUUUACGUGAAAUAUUUCUAAAUCCCCCCUCAUAAAUGCCAAGGAAGCUGGCAACUUUAUGUUAUUAAUGAAAAAUACAUUGUGGCUUCACAAAAGAGGCAAAUUCCCAUGUUAUUUGUAUUUUGCUUAACUUGGUACUUUUGUCAUCAGGUUGUAUUACAAAUUAAUUUGCACUUUUUUAGGAAAACAUGCUAAACUUGAAACUAGAUUUACUCAUGCUUUUUCACAAUGUGAGUAGCUUUGAAAAGGCAUAUAUAGUUACUUGCUUUGCCUAGAAUACAGUGACUAUUUUUUUUUUAUCUGAUACAAAGUUCUGAUGAUGCCCUCUGUGUAAUUCUUCAAAAUAUUUGUCACAUGCUAUGUUAACCAAGGUGCUAUCUUUUCUCACAAUUUGCUUUAUUAAAAUCCUUUGGCCUAGA